AUGCAAAGAAAUUCUAAAGAAGAUAUUGAACAAAACGAAAAGAAGAAAGCGGAGCGAGUUAAAACUCGAGUUGAAAUCUCUGAUUUGGUAAAUGAAAAGACAGGAAUUCCACAUCUCCAAAAUUUAUUAAAAGAUUUUUUAUUACACCAAAAUGAAGAUUAUCUUCAGAACAUUAGUCAAUUACUUGAAAUAUAUAAAACUUGGGGAAAGAAUGUACGUCCUGGUAUUAGUUUUGAACAGUUUGUUGCACAAUUAUAUAAACUAGGUAAAAAUGAAAUUAUGUGCGUUUGUUUCUCUAACUAA